AUGGCAGUCAAAAGCCUUGUCGGUGCAGCUCAUGCAACCAACACCUUUCCUCCUAGCCCUCCCCGGACAGUCGGUAACUCCCAUGCCGGCAGCGACGAUGAGAUAGAAGACGCAGACUAUACACCGCCAACUCCUCCAGCAGAGAGACUUGGUCAACUAUUGAAGCCAUAUACUCUCCCGCCACAGAAUACUCCGACGCAAGUCCUGCCAGAGGACUUGAAAACCCCGGACAACCGCGUCAACCGCGAUACACGGCUAAUACGACUAACUGGUGUCCAUCCCUUCAAUGUCGAACCACCCUUGACCGACUUAUACGACGAGGGCUUUCUGACCAGUGAAAAUCUCCAUUACGUGCGCAACCAUGGCGCAGUACCGCACUGCCCCGAUGAUGAGUCCCUGGACUGGACUUUCACUGUCGAUGGACUUGUGGAAAAGCCUUUCACGAUAACAGUCCGCGAUCUUAUCCAGACAUACGAGCAGUUAACAUAUCCAGUUACUCUUGUGUGUGCUGGUAAUCGUCGAAAAGAACAAAAUGUGGUUCGCAAGUCCAAGGGCUUCUCCUGGGGAGCAGCCGGUCUUUCAACAGCUCUAUGGACUGGUGUCCCUAUCGGAGCGCUCCUGCGGAUGGCGAAGACUAAGAGAAAUGCCAGAUAUGUAUGCUUUGAAGGAGCGGAUAAACUGCCCAACGGCUACUAUGGCACGUCUGUCAAGCUUAACUGGUGCAUGGAUGAGAACCGAGGCAUCAUGGUAGCCCACAAGAUGAACGGCCAAGCCUUGCAUCCAGACCACGGCAAGCCUGUACGUAUUAUAAUACCCGGGCAGAUUGGUGGCCGCAGCGUCAAGUGGCUCAAAAAGAUCACCAUUACAUCAGAGCCCAGCGACAAUUGGUACCACGUUUACGAUAACAGAGUGCUUCCCACCACAAUAUCGCCAGACGCGAGCGCAAAUCUGCCGGACGUUUGGAAAGACGAAAAGUACGCCAUCUACGACCUGAAUGUGAACAGCGCUAUUUGUUAUCCUCGACAUGACGAAAAACUCGCCCUGAAGACGGCUCCAGAGACGUACAAGGUUCGCGGAUAUGCCUACGGCGGCGGCGGGAAGCGCAUCACACGCGUUGAGGUCACGCUGAACAAGGGCAAGUCCUGGCAGCUCGCGGACAUCCACUACCCCGAGGACGACUACCGGGGCGCCCCGGACGGCGACACGCUGUACGGGGGCAGCACCGACAUGUGGUGGCGCGAGGCGUGCUUCUGCUGGUGCUUCUGGGAGGCGGACGUGGCCGUGGCCGACCUCGCCGCCGCCGACGACGUCAUGAUCCGCGCCAUGGACGAGGGCAUGAUGGUCCAGCCGCGGGACAUGUACUGGAGCGUGCUCGGCAUGAUGAACAACCCGUGGUUCCGCGUCGUCAUCCAUCGAGACGAGGUGGACGGCACCCUCCGCUUCGAGCACCCAACGCAGCCGGCGCUGAUGCCCGGCGGAUGGAUGGAGCGCGUCAAGGCCGGCGGCGGCGACCUCACCAACGGCUUCUGGGGCGAGCGCAAGUCCGGCGAGGAGGCGCCGGUCGCCGCGGAGCCGGAGAAGGAGAUUUGCAUGACGAAUCCCAAGGUAGAUCGCGUCAUCUCCUUGGAGGAGCUCAAGGCGCACGAGGGAGAGACCGAGCCGUGGUUCGUCGUCAACGGGCACGUGUACGAUGGCACGCCGUACCUGAACGACCACCCCGGCGGCGCGACGUCCAUCAUCAACGCCGCCGCCCAAGACGCAACCGAAGAAUUCAUGACUAUCCAUAGCGAAAACGCCAAGGCCAUGAUGCCGCAAUACCACAUCGGCAUCCUCGACGACGCCGCCCGCAAGGCCCUCCAAGGCGGCGCCGACGAGGAAAUGGCCAGCGACCCGACGCGCGCAGUGUUCCUGCAGCCCAAGACGUGGAGCAAAGCCGUUCUUGAGGCCAAGACGACCGUCUCCUCCGACAGCAAGAUCUUCUCCUUCCGCCUCGACCACGCUGACCAGUCCAUCGGCCUGCCCACCGGCCAGCACCUGCUCAUGCGGCUGCGCGACGCCGCCCGCGCCGGCGAGGCCGUCAUCCGCGCCUACACCCCGCUGUCCGAGACGCACGCCCGCGGCCGCCUCGACGUGCUCGUCAAGAUCUACCCGGACGGCCGGAUGACCCGCGCCCUCGACGCGGUGCCCCUCGGCGACACGGUCGGCUUCAAGGGCCCCGUCGGCAAGUUCACCUACCUCGGGGGCGGCCGGUGCGAGGUGGCGGGAGCGCCGCGCCGCGUGCGCAGGUUCGUCAUGGUAUGCGCGGGCUCGGGCGUCACGCCGAUCUUUCAGGUGCUGCGCGCCGUCACCGCGACCGACGACGACGAGACGGCGUGUCUGGUGCUGGACGGCAACCGCGGCGAGGAGGACAUACUCUGCCGCGUGGAGCUCGACGACAUGGUGAAGCGCGCGCCGGAGCGGACAACGCUCCUGCACACGCUCUCACGGCCGGCGGACUCGUGGCAGGGGCUGAGGGGCCGCAUGGACGAGACGUUCCUCAAGGAGCACAUAGGCGCGUUUAGAAGAGCGGAUGGCGAGGAGAUGGUGCUGGUGUGCGGGCCGCCGGCGCUGGAGGAGACGGUGCGCAAGGUACUGGGUGAGAUGGCGUGGAAGCCAGAAGAUAUGCUUUUCUUUUAG